UGAAGAGUUCAGAAUAAACAACUUUAACAUGACAUACUGAAGCAUUGGCUUUUUUAAGAAAUCCUAAGACGCCCAUAACAUCAAUCAUGGGUCUCCUCACGAUAUUAAAGAAGAUGAAGCAGAAGGAGAAAGAAGUCAGGAUAUUAAUGUUAGGACUUGACAAUGCUGGCAAGACUACGAUAUUGAAGAAGUUUAAUGGAGAGGAUAUUGAUACUAUAUCUCCAACACUGGGAUUUAAUAUAAAGACCCUGGAGCAUAGAGGGUUUAAGUUGAAUGUGUGGGAUGUUGGUGGCCAGAAGUCGCUACGGUCCUAUUGGAGGAACUACUUUGAGAGCACGGACGGUUUGAUAUGGGUGGUAGACAGUGCUGACAGGAUGCGACUCCAGGAUUGUAAACGAGAACUUGAGAACCUGUUAGUGGAAGAGAGACUUGCCGGGGCUACAUUACUGGUAUUUGCAAAUAAACAAGAUUUACCUGGUGCUUUGUCAUCGGAAUCAAUCAAAGAUGCACUGCAGCUGGAAUCCAUAGAAACUCACCAUUGGUUAAUACAAGGAUGUAGUGCUGUAACCGGGGACAACUUACUGAAGGGCAUUGACUGGGUUGUAGAUGAUAUAGCCUCUCGUAUAUUUACCAUGGACUAAAUGGUUACACUGUGUAAUUAUAAUAAUUGUGUUCCGACCUAACAGUGUAUGUUAAAGAUCAUAUAAAGCGUAUUCUGGGUACAAGUAAAGCAUUGGAGGAUCAAAUGUUUAAUACCAGAAAAUUUUCAGUCAAAUAUCUCUGUUCUGUAAAAAUUCAAUUAGAAUUUACCCAGUCUUGAUUUUGCGCUUAAUUACUAUACUGCAUAUGAUAUGUGUACAAGUAUGGUAUUCACUGUCAUUAUAAAUUACCUUCAGUUCAGAGGGCAAACAG